GCCAAGCAUCAAGUGCCGGAGAGCUCCAGAGCACAGAUGCCGGCACGCAUCACGACGGUUUCGCUCAUGUCGCUCACACGACGCUGGGUAAUCACCACCGAGGCCAUCAUCACUCAUCAGUCAUUACCUCCAGCGUCAAGCCCUGCGCCGCUUAUUCCCGCGCCGGCCCCGCUCAUUCCCGGGGACCCGCCCCCCUUCGGCACCGCUUCCGCUGCCGAUCAGGGUUUGACCCUCCAAAACCGCGUCGCCUAAUCAAUUACUCAGCCGCCGGCCGCGCCCUUGUAUGCGUGUGCCGUCCAUUGACGCCAACCAACACCCAUCAUAAUUGACUGCCACCCAGCCGUCAGCCAGCCAAGCCAGCCGCGGAGAGGGGGGAAUGGAGGAGGGGCGUGCUGUUUUGCACAUGCUUCUUCUCUCCAGGGGUCCUGCGUGAGAAUGAACGAAACGAAGCCGGGGGGAGAGGAGGCGCCACCGUUCUAUCCAUGGUUCCAGGUCGCCCUCGUGUGACGACCGCAUGCGUUCGUCUUCCGUGGAUGGAUGGAUGGAUGCAUGGCGCCACGAGAGAGACGCGGUCUCGUUCCGCGACAGCGAAUCCACGGAAAAUUCAAUGCAAGCAUCAAACGUGCGUGAAAGCAACGGGCCACCACCAUGCACCGGGAAAAGCGCCGUCAGCAUCGCAUCGCGUCGCGUCGCCUGGGUAAAAGGCUUGCAACAGCGUCGUCGCUUACGCACAUGAUGAACAUGGCUCACUCACAGGGAAACGGCUGUUGUCAUUGCAAGCUACGUGCGUGCAUGCAUCUGUGCACCGCCCGCCGCCCGUCAGCGUCAGAUUGGGAAAGGGAAUGGACUGGAUCGAGACUGGUUGGUGCUUUCGUGGUGCUGACCUGAUGAUGACGAUGCCGACGCUCAUUGGCGGCUGCUGGCUGAGGUAGCACCGUGGCACCGUUGAGAAGCACGAGCAGCACUGGGGGGCCAUCCCAUCCAUCUAUAGGCAAGACAGACAAGUGCACGGUAGGUGCAGUGGCGCCGUGAGCGAGCCCCGCGACUCUAAGCCUAAACGAACGCGCCGUCCGGCAAGGGGGAACCGAGCCGCCAAGGGGCUCAGUAAUCAUUUCACAAUCAAUCACGCCAGAAAACCUUGGGGGGCGCGACGGUGGCGCAUGCUUUGGGCCGGCCAUGAUGCGAUGUGAUUGACGGCCUGGCCGCCAUGCGAUGCCGUGCCAUCCAUCUAUCAUGCAUGUCUGCACGGUAUGUGCGCCAGCCAGACAGUUUCAAACCCGCACACGACAUAUCAUCCUUAGCUUUGGUUAGCCCCCUCGAGGCCGUGGCUGGUGCCUUAUCUGGGGCCCAUCCGGGGGCUGAAAGUCUAGAUCCGCCAGGGCUCGGCUGUCGAUAGCCUUUGGGGCUGGAGCCGCGCAGGAAGGUAGGUAGGUAGGGCGGUAGUAGAUGUAGCAGGUAGCGUUUUCGACGGACUGAUGGCGGCGUGCGAUAGAGUUGGGAACCUUGACGGGUUCGUGUGGUUGGUGGGCGGUGCGCCAAGGGCUUGACAUUGGCAGGAUGACAGGUCCUGGGGACGUGGAGCUGGAGGUGCCCGGUUACCAGCUGGUGAGGUGGACGGGCCCUGGGCAUCAGCGGCCAACGAGUCGCAGGAGCGUUUUGUCGUGGCUUCGAGGGGCUCAGAGGACGACCUUUGACGACCGACUGGCGUCCUUGUUGACUGAUGACAUGGGCUGCAAAGACGGGGUUCGGCAUCUCGACUGCCGGCGGCCCAACACCAUUCACGCCAUUGUACGUACAUGCAUGUCUUGGACGGGUACAGUCUUGGACGAGGAGUGCCGCGAGGGGCAGGAGACGGCGACUGCGACGUCACCUGACGAGCAUCACACAGCGCAGCGCGCGUAGGCGGGCG